AACCCUAGACCAAAUUUGAAUCCUUCAAUUGAAAAAUUGAAAUAAUAUAUAUUCCCUUUACUCCCUUUCCUUUCUUCCCAAACUCUUUCUUCCCAAUUUCCCUCAGAUCUUCAUCUUCUUCGUGAAUGGUAGAAACCCUUUUCCUCUUCGAUUUCAUGCGCUCCCUUUCACCUUCAACAACGGCGAGCGCUCUUCUUUUCUCCUUCGCUUCUUGCAUGCAAGGUUGGCACUAUCGCUGCCUUGGUCUUGAUCCCUAAAUCAACUAAACCCUAAUCCAUCAAUUUUCAACAUUUUUUCAUAAAAAUUCAAAAUUGUUUACCGAUUUCAUCAUUUCAUUGCCUCAAUUUCAUAAUAAGAUUCUUGGGUAUUAUUUGUUUGUUUGUAUUUUGAGUUUGUGAUUUGUAGCGUGAAAAUUUGAAUACAAUGAUGUUGAGCAAGCAGAAGAAGAAUCAGAAUGCGAAUCACAACCAGAGGAGGUUGUUGAUUAGCAUCAAUGUGUUGGGAAGUGCUGGACCGAUUCGAUUUGUUGUGAAUGAAGAAGAGCUUGUUGAAGCUGUUAUUGAUACUACUCUUAAGUCUUAUGCUCGUGAAGGUCGAUUACCUCUUCUGGGGAGUGAUAACAGUGCUUUCUUUCUCUACUGUCCUCAUCUUGGAUCUGAUGCCGCUCUGAGUCCAUGGGAUAAAAUCGGAUCACAUGGAGCUCGGAAUUUUGUGCUAUGCAAGAAGCCACACACCACAAAUGAGGCAGCUGAUGAUGGAAGUGGGAAUUCUUCAAAUGGGACUACAACAAUUUCCCGCAGGGGAAGUAGUGGUAGUUGGAAAUCUUGGUUCAACCUCAACCUUAAAAUUUCUUCCCAUUGAUCAAACAAAUUGAGAUUGUGGUGGAUCGAACAUUUGCUUCAAUGUUUUAUUAUUUUGUUUUUUGGGGAAAUUUACUUUUGUGAUUCAUCUUUGGAUGUGUUUGUUUCUAGGUCGUCUCAGUUGCACUAUGCAGAGGCAACCACUUUGAAUUCUUGCAAAAAUAAAGUAUUUCUGAUGUAUUUGGUGAUGAACCUUUUAAUUUUAACUUUUGAUGGAAUACAAUUGAAUUGAUGUUUUGCAUUUUA